ACCUUUAAGAGAAUGCCCAAGUAUAUGAAAAUAAAACCUGUGUAUUCAUAUUUGCACCAGUCUCCAAUCUCCUGUGAGAUUCAAAAGGACAAACUGAGAGGCUGUGACCUUUCAAGAAAGCUAAACAGCCCAUGAUGUUGAGCACGAAGACUCCUGAUGGUUAAAAUCAGUUCAGUGCUUUCAGUCACCUCCAGGAGCCUGGAUUCUGACUUCUAGUGGUGAUAGUCCAUGUAAAAACUUCAUCUAUAAUCACUCUCUAAAUGCAUUAAUGAGUUGAUUAGAACUUCAAAAACCAAGGACAAUCUAAAAGAAACCAAAAAAACUCCUAGCCCCCUCCCAAAAAAAAAAAAGACUUUAACAUUGAAAACUUACAACAAGGCAAGGCUUCUUUUCAUGUUUACAGCCCCAGAAGUAAUGUAAUUGCCGCUAUAAAAAAUGACGAUGAACAGCACGUGUGUCGAAGAACAGCAUGAUCUAGAUCACUAUUUGUUCCCAGUGGUCUACAUAUUUGUGUUUAUAGUCAGCGUCCCCGCCAAUGUUGGAUCGUUAUGUGUAUCCUUUCUGCAAGCAAAGAAAGAAAACGAGCUAGGAAUUUACCUCUUCAGCUUGUCGCUGUCAGAUCUGCUGUAUGCACUGACUCUGCCUCUGUGGAUCAAUUACACUUGGAAUAAAGACAACUGGACCUUCUCCGCUGCCUUAUGCAAAGGCAGCGUUUUCUUCACGUACAUGAACUUUUACAGCAGCACGGCCUUCCUCACCUGCAUUGCCUUGGACCGCUAUUUAGCCGUCGUCUACCCUCUGAAGUUUUCUUUUCUAAGAACGAGAAGAUUUGCAUUCAUGACCAGCCUGUCUGUCUGGAUACUGGAAUCCUUCUUUAACUCUAUGCUUCUGUGGAAAGAUGAAACAAGUGUUGAAUACUGUGAUUUGGAGAAGUCUAACUUCACUCUGUGUUAUGACAAAUACCCUCUGGAGAAUUGGCAGAUCAACCUCAACCUGUUUAGGACGUGCCUGGGCUACGCAGUGCCUUUGAUCACCAUCAUGAUCUGCAACCAUAAAGUGUACCAAGCUGUGCGGCACAACCAAGCCACGGAAAACAGCGAGAAGAGAAGGAUCAUAAAGUUGCUGGCUAGCAUCACGUUGACUUUCGUCCUGUGCUUUACCCCCUUCCACGUGAUGGUGCUCAUCCGCUGCAUCUUAGAGCGCAAUAUGAGCUUCAAUGACAAGUCUGGAAAGCAGACUUUUACGGUGUACAGAAUCACAGUGGCACUGACAAGUCUAAACUGUGUCGCUGAUCCAAUUCUGUACUGUUUUGUGACUGAGACAGGGAGAGCUGAUAUGUGGAACAUAUUAAAAUUGUGUACUAGGAAACACAAUAGAUCACAAGGACAAAAAAGGGACAUACUUUCUGUGUCCACAAGAGAUACCAUAGAGUUACAGAUUAUAGAGUAGAAGAUAGAGACAGGUUAAGUUACAUGAUAUUAAAAAUAAUAAAAAUUAUUCUUUUCAAAGGAAAUCUGGCAUAAGAGGACCAAGCAUUCUGAGUGAAUAUUUUAUCCUAUCCCAGUGGAUAUAUUUUAAAGGUACAUUGUACAACUCCUACAUUGAUUUUCAUUAAAUAAGGUAUGAAAAUGUAUCAUUUUAUAAUGACUUAGGGUCAUCCUUGUUGGUAGAAGUUCUCUUUGUCUCUAUGCUAUAACCUCCUAAGAGGCAUGUAGGAGUAUUAGUCUUUAAAUCAGUGGCCAUUCUGUCUGAUGGUUAUGAUUCGGUUGUUGUCUUUGGAUUUUCAGACUGUCGACCACCAAUUCUCUCAUUGCUAUAAACUUGUCUCUAACAAAUGCAACUACUAAAUACUAUUUCUAAUCUAUUCAUUAACAAUAUUGAAGCCAUUCCAUGUACUGGGAUUUCCCCCUAAGUACU